AUGAAGUUCUUCAUCGCCACCGUCCUGAUCGCCGCCUUUGUGGCCCUCGCCCAGAGCAGUGUGAUCUACUCCCAGGUGUCCCCGGUCCAGGUGGCCUCCGUGCCGGUGGUGCGAUCCGUGCCCGUGGUCCGCAGUGUGCCGGUGGUCCGUCAUGUGCCGGUGGUGCGCACCGUGCCCGUCGUCCGCAGCGUUCCCGUGGUCCGUCAUGUGCCCGUGGUCGACUCCGUGCCAGUGGUGCCCUCGGUGGUUCGCGUCGGUCACGCCGCCGUCUACGAUGCUCCCCUCGUCCAAUCCUACGGCGGCUGGUUGAAGCAGAAGUAGAUGGAUCACAUGGAUAACAAACUCUUUUCCUCUUUGCUAAAUAAACUCUGAAUAAAACGAACAAAUAAGCAAAAA